AUGUGCGGCGACGGCUUCUGCUUCGAACGCUGCUCAGGCAGCGCGCUCUUUCUUUUCAACGGCGUGGAUCUCGUCUGCGGUAUCGUGCUCACGGUCUAUAGUCUCUUUAUCGGUCUGAACCAUUACGCUCCAGAGUGGCUCUAUGGACCUCUUUUGGCAGUAGGGACGUUGCUGAUCGUGGUACCUUUUAUGAGCUGGUGUGGGGCGUCGUCGUCCACUCGGAGCUGCGCCAUCUGUCUUCCAUGUUCGUCAUAUCUGCUGAUUCUGCUAUCGGUGGCGGAACUGGCACUUGGCGUGGUGAUGUUCACCCAAGGAUCGGCGAUUGACCGAUUCCUGCGUCAACAUCAACAAGAGCUCCACAUGACUGAUGAACAGCUACAUCGUCUUGAAGAGAACAAGUUCGUUCCUGCUUAUGGGAUGCUGGCGCUGUUCGGGAUGGAAGUGAUGCGGUUCUGCUGCAGUAGUGAAUUGUAUCGGGAACGACGGUACCGGAAAUACCAGUAUCGACAACUGAAGACACUGCGGGAUUUGGACGAUGAGCUGUUGGCAGCCAAGAACGAAGAGAACAUUGCGAGCAAAUAUGCGUCGCUCAAGGAUACGUACAAGAAAAAGUAUGUCGCUCACGAAGAUAAACCUGUGACAAAGGACAAUGCUGCUGUUUGCGUGUAA